AUGCCCGAGCCUCAGAGCAAUACCUCUGGUCCGGUACACUCUAUCCGCCGCGCGGUCACUCUCCCCACGAAAUUGAAUCCGCAUGCGCAACGCUCCAAGGGGAAUCUCUCAGAAAACGUCAUAUUUUACCACCCUUUCGCGAAAAUCGUUCACUUUGCACCUCGAGCACUCGUACCGAUCCCAUCCAGUUCUGCGCCCUCUGAUUUUGACUAUCCCGUGGACACGAUCGAGACCCUCCCCUGGCGCUCGGCAACCGAGCGAACAGUCGCAACCGCCCCUCUCAUACUCGAACGGGGCUUGACAGUCUUCUUGAAAUGUGGAAAUGUGGUUCGAGCGAUAUUGAGGAACUCGCAAUGCUGGUGUGUCGAUGGGGUCUCGAAAUUCGUCCUGCGCAUUCGUCCUCUCACAUACUACCGCAUCGAACUGCCCUACGAGACCACCGAGGAUAAGGCUUCUGUGGAGGAACUCAAAGCUGCCCUGCCCAAUGUUCUCCGAUAUGAGGUUACGCCAUGUCCGUUCAAGCGCGCAUUCAGCGUUGAGUUGCCCGAGGAAGCUGUAGCGCCCCGACGCAAAAGGGCGUGGAAACCAAAGGAAAACAAAGAUACCCUAUCCGUUCCUACGCCAACUUUUCGGAGACCUUCAGUCGACAUCAAACUAGACUGGCCAGACUCUGCCAGCACGAGUGAUGAUACUGAUGGGGCUGCCACCGAUGAUAGUGGCUUGAUUUCGGAGCGAGCAUACAGUACGACCUCGAAGACGAGAGUUGAGAGCCGGGUCACUUCGAUGGAGGAUGACAGCGCAGGUUCAAGACUCGAUACAGAUUUCUUCAAUGCACAUGUCAAAUCAACAGCUGAGAAGCGAGAGACCUUCACAAGUUUACGUGAGAAGUUCGACGCGACUCCAAGGCCAGAAGUCUUGUCUAUCCAAAAUGGUAUCGGCGCGGCAAUCGAUGCCAUGUCUUUAACAGACACGUCAAGUCCCGUAGUGCGCGGAUCCGUCGAAGGGGAACUCCCUUCUAGCUGUGAUCUAAGCGCUCCCGAUGCCUCUCAACCAGAAGUCCUUCGGGAUAUCACACAAGAUGCCGUCGACACAAAAUCACGUGAACAACAGGCGCAUUGUCCGUCGAUCGCCAUAAUCUCCCAAGAACAGGACCAGCGCGUCGAGAGUAUACUCAUCGCAGACUCGACGAGUGCGGUUUCCAGCGAUGAGCACUGCACAACACAGAGCCAGUUGCUUGUGAGACCUGAAGAUGACCGCCUUUUGCAGACUAGCGGAGCAUCACCCGAACCAACUGCUCAAAAGGUGACAACAUCUGGCCAAGCGCUGAAUGGAAGCGUUGGCUCACCCAACGGCCCCGGCUGUGGCCUUGAAGAUUCUGUAUUGACAGGAUCGAAGUCACCUCCCCACCACGGCACAGGAGAUGUCUCGCGGCAAGAUUCAUCGUCAGUAAUCGAGGAUCCGAUGCGUGCGGACCACGACGCUUUUCAAACCUUGAACACUGCAGCCUUGAUGAACGAAAACAAUCUACAAGAAUCAAAUUCAGCUUCCCAGAUCGAGGUCGGCAGAGCUACCUCGCAGCCUAUGGAAAGCCCGCAAAUAGACACGACGCUGAACAUGCCCGGCUCUAUCACUCUAGACGACUCUCUCCACAGCCCUGCAUCGUACACGCCCUCGGCUGCCACUAUGCAUGAUAAAGGAACAUUAACCUUGACCCCUGACAUGGGUCACAUGAGUACAGAGUUUCGACGGCGAGCGCAGGCGACCAGACAGCGAGAUGUGUCCCCCAUGCCCGCACAAUCCGCGCUUUAUCAGCCUCCCAACGAGCAGGCAUCCUCCCUCCUCACCAAGGCCCUGUCACUUGUCUUGGUUCCCCCAAUUCAUCUUUUCAUCAUUCUAAUGCACGUCGCUGCUCGCAUCGUCAUCAGCCCCGCCCUCGGCUCCACGAUAGAGGAUACCCCUUCAGGCUCCCAAGCACUACCCAGAGAGUCAUUCAUCGAUGAUGAUUAUAGCUUUCCGCUGGAGCGUGAGAGUUCUUCUGAAUAUGAAGAUGCUCAGAUCAUGAGGAAGCUUGAUCCAUGGGACCUUGACUGA